AUGGUGGUGACUUUGGUUCAAUUACUGAGACCUUCAAGAGCUGUAAAUGAUCUAAAUAAAGGCUUGGAACCAUUAACAGUUCAUGCAUUAAGACUUGUUAAAUUUACACAAUUUGCUGAAAAUACACAAAUGACAAGUCCUGAAAUGGUUAUAAUUUCUUGGAAUGAUGCUGGUGCUAUCAUUGAAGAUACCUCAAUUUCUUCAACUGAUCAAAUAUUUUUAGAAAAAUGUGAAAAAAGGAGACAAUUCCACAAAUUGCCAAUAGGUGUAUUCAAUGAGGUAAAUGCAUUAAUAGGGUUUUCUGCCAAUAGAAGUCUUGGUGUAACAGUUGAUGUAAAUGAUUCAUAA